AGGUGAAGCCCACUAUGCAGAUGGCAAAGAACGUUCCGUCGAUGCCGCGCAACCAAGUGGAUCGAGUGAACGCCAGCGUAGGACAACUGCUGGUGUUCAAAGUGCCGCCAGACACCUUCUACGAUGCUAAUGAUAACGACCUGACCCUCACCCUCAAGUCCAAGGAGCACAAGGAGCUGAGCACUCGCCACUGGCUGCAGUUCGACUCGAAGAACCAGGAGUUCUACGGCAUCCCAAAGAGUGGCGACACCGGCUCCGAGGAGUACCUGCUUGUGGCAGAGGACAGCGGCGGUCUCAGUGCCCACGAUGCCCUUGUCGUAGUCGUUAGCCAUCCGCCCAAAAAGGAAUUUGGGGCCUUUUUCAAGGCCUACCUGGCCAUUCGCCAUGAGAACUUCAAUGCUGAGCUGCAGCGCAAGUUUGUGGAGCGCAUAGCCAGGGUGAACGGCGACGCCACCACCAAUCAAAUCCAGAUUCGUUCCAUCAACAUCCACCACGACUCGGACGGCACAAUCGUGAACUUCUAUAACACGUCGCUGUACAAGCAUCACAACCGCUGCCCCGAGAAGCUGCUGGCGGCCACGCGCAGUGUCUAUAUGGUCGGCGACAGCCUAAGGGAUAGCGUGAAGCGGGCCUUGGGUCUAGAGCUGAAUCUAACAAACUUUUCGGUGGCUCCUUUUGGCAGUUGUCAUCAUGCCGAGAACAUAGACAUCACAAACGAGUUCGUGCCCACACGCACUGAGGAGCCCAGACAGAAGUCCACCUUCAGCGAGGAGUACUUGGCCAAUUUCAUUUUGCCCGCCGUCAUCAUUCUGGUGAUGAUAGUGCUGGCCUCUAUCGUGGCCUGCUGCCUGCACAGACGCCGCCACAAGAGUGGUAAAAUGGAGCUGGGCGACGAAGAAGAGCGCAAGUCCUUCCGGGCCAAGGGCAUACCAGUCAUCUUUCAGGAUGAGUAUGAGGAGAAGCCCGAAAUCGGCAACAAGAGCCCCGUAAUACUCAAAGACGAAAAGCCACCGCUGCUGCCACCGCUGCUGCCACCGUCCUACAAUACCUCAAAUAUGAAUGGUAUGAAUGUAUGCAUGCCAUACCCAUUGCUCAAAGUCCAAUCUGUGGCAAAUCUCCUCACAGACGACAAUGAUGUGGAUGAGUAUGUGCCACCGCCGGCUGUUGUAGUCGGCGGUCGGGAGGUGCGAGGGAAGUCACCCGCCACGCCCUCUUAUCGCAAGCCACCGCCAUAUGUAUCGCCAUAAAUCAUUGUCAAGAAUCAGCAGCAAACGAAGCCGCAACAGAAACCGAAAGAGCAACAGCAACAAUAAUAACAAUCGCAUCGUAUUAACCACACAAUCUAUAAAUAUAUAUAUAUAUAUAUAGAUACAUACAAUCAUACAUAUAUAUAUAUACAUCUACCGAUUUGGCACAACUUAUAUAUGCAACUAAGCAAAACUCUUUUGUAUAUAUCCAAGUGCGAAUUGGUUUCUUUUUGGACUAGCUAUUCAAAUGGAAGCAAAGGAUAUUCCGUGAAUGAAUAGAAAGGAUAUUCCAUAUGGAAGACGAAGGGUACGGUACUCAAUGUUGAAGAGGCAGGACGAUAUUUUGUAUUAAUCACGACAGAAAAACAAUCAAUUAACGAUUUCAGUGCGAACAACUGGCAAACACUUUGUAGCUUAAAGAUCGAACACCACAUUUGAAAAACACUAAACAAAACACACUAUUCAGCAUAUUAUUUAUUUAGUAUGUACUCUAAUUUAUAUGUAUACCACGAGACGCGAACCACAUCCACAUCCACAUCCAGGAACACGAAAUGGAAUGAAAUUUAGUAGACAAGCAACUAGAGCUUGAAAAGCAAACCAGCACACACAUACACGAGCCCAUUUUAAGCAUAGCAUUUAAACAAUGGUAAUACUAUUGACUAAGUUAUGUGCAAGACGCCUAGAGCAUGUCCCUUGUCUGGUUUUUAAGUUUUAUACCGUAAGUGAGUUCUAGGCAUGCUUAUACAGGAUUUUCCGCUUAAUAUAUGCAUAAGCAGAACCGUUUGCAAAAUUUCAGUUGAUCUUUUGAUUAGCGGAUCACCAGCCGCACUGGAGAAGCUGCUUGAUGGGCUACCCAAAAAAGAGCUUAGUAUUUAAAUUUUUAAUUGCAAGGAAGAACAGCAACAAGGGACAUGCGAGGUGCAGCUUUGAUUAUCUUUAGUUGUAAGAACGAAAACAAGCCCACAAUAGAGCUGCCAAUAUAAAUAUGAUCGAAAUUGCCGGGUUUUCUUAAAUACAAAUCAAUUCCUAAAUGCC